AUUUAUUCUAAAGUUCAAUCAAUACUUGACGCGAAUCCCCAGGUCUCUCCUUUCAAAUGUUCCAUCCUGAGCUCCCGUCGCUUGCGCGCACUUCCACCAAUUGCGCCCAUCGGCACACGUACGCCUCCCCACAAUUCCAUCAUUGUCCGACCGGGCUGACCACGUCCUGAUCCGAGCUCGAAUCAUACAAUCGCUAGCUUCACUGCAUAAAUUGCGGGCCCCGAGGGACCGCCGCAGCCAGCUCGUGCUGCAACGACUCGUCAACGAGCCACUCAAGCCACUGAAGAGCCCAGGCAGCUGCCAGGUCGCCCGACCCGCCACCCGAACGUCCGUGUUUCAAAACAAAUGAAGAUGGACGCGAAGCUUCGUCACCACAUCGGCCCAGAUUGCGGAUAAGCAUGUUUCAACCUUUGCACCUGCGAACCCUUGCCUUGGGCCUGGGGGCCCCUCGGCACCGUUCGUUACCUUGGUACGCUGCCGUCAAUCCCUUGCAGACAUCCAUGGAUAGUCGCACGGGUUUCCUAUUUCCAUGUCCGAUGAACCAUGUCAUGGCAUAUUUAUUGUGCCAGCCUGUACACAAUGUCGGCAGCAAUGCAGAUGUUUCGAUCAAUGCAACGUGAACCGGGUUAUUCGACUGGGCGAUCUUGAAAAUUCAUCUUGGCAUCCAUGGAUGUCGACAUGCAAGGUUCGAAAGUCGCCAGCAGAUAGAGAGGGGUGAGAGGUCAGACAGAGUCAGGGGUGAGAUGUGCUCAACGGAGAUGAUGGCAGCAGGCCGGAUCUCUGCAGGGUCAACCUAGGUCUGCUCACGUCACUUUCCCUACCUCCUGCAGCUCCGAUGGAUACCCGCUGGCCCCAUCGCGGUAGUUGAGGACCCACCCCCGAUAUGAUAUUAUCCCUCGCGGGCUCGCGGGUUGUUUCGAGGAAAUUAGAGGCAAAAUAGAAUCGCCAAGGUCUAGAAUUGCGGGAGCGGCACGAGGCUGCAUGCGCCCAGGUAGGCGGGAGACCGCUGCUUGAUCCCACGGUUGACUGCUGGCUCCAGACAGAAUAUAAGAGCCUCACUCUCGACGUCGACAGGUCUGUUUGUUCUCAUUCCUCAUCCCGCUCUUCAGCCCAAACUUCGAUUUCCUUCCAGUCAUUUUCAGAAGCCAGUCUUCAGAUUCUUUCUUUGUCGGUCCAGACCAGACAUUCAUUCGCAAGUCGAACUUUCAAAACGCCUUUCUUCCAACGUCUCAACCAGCAAAUCACUUCGAAUCUUCAAAUUCAAGCAAAAUAAAAUCAGUCAAGAUGGUCAAGAUCACCCCCCUUAUCGCUGCUAUCUUCCUCUCAAUGGUUGCCGCUCAGGACCAGGAGCAGCCCUUCCCCUUCCCCACUGGCACUGAUGCGAUUCCUUUCCCAUCUGGGACCGGCGGCCCGGGCUUCGGCCAAGGCUUUCCAGGCGCUGGACAUCACCCUCACCACUCCGGUGGUCCUGGCGCCUUUCCCACUGGGUUCCCCGGCUUCCCGACUGGUGGUUUCGGGGGAGAAGGUUCCAGGCACCACGGCGGCGGCCGACCUCGUCCUACCGGGGGCUUCGGGGGCGAGAGGCCCACAGGUGGCUUCGGCGGUGCGGAGGGUCCUCUGCCUACGGAGGGCUUCGGCAAUGGCGGCUUCGGCGACUCAAGCUACGCCAAGCGCCAGUUCGGUGACGGCGCCCCGUCUGGCUUCCAGACCUUCACCCGCGGCCCUAAGCCCUCUUGCCCUCCCGGGUCCGAGGGUGGAGCCGAGGGUGGUUUCGGCGGUGAGAGGCCCACUGGCUUCGGACCUAGGCCUACGGGUGGCUUCCCCGGAUUCGGUGGUCAGAGGCCCACUGGUGGCUUCGGACCUAGGCCCACAGGCGGCUUCGGUGGUGAGGGCUCUGGCUUCCCCGGCUUCCCUCAGGGCGGCGAGAAGCCGAACUAAGGUUUUAGUCCUUGGUUGACAAGCAUCCUUUUCUCUCAACCACUCUCCGCCGCCCCAGGCAGGUAAUACCGGGGUGACUCGCUGCAUCAUCAAGAAGGCGCAUUGCUGAAUUGGGAUGACGGGGUUCUCGGGCUUUUCAUGUAACUAUUUUUCACUUCAAGGUGAUAGGACAGCCUCACUUGAGCUGUUCACGCUCUGAAGAUGUGACUGGCAUAUUUGGGCAAUGAAUACACUACCUCGGUUCAAAC